UGUUGCACUGUUUUUGUGUGUGUCGAAUUAGUGCCCAGAGAGAGAAACGUAAAGGAAAAACCAGAAAAAUAAGAAGCGAAGUUAAGGACAUGGGAAGCAGCCGGGUGAAGCAGAAGAACCCUAGUAAUCAGCUUGGCCUCAACCCCAACUGGGCUCAACUUCAACAAAAGCUGAAAAGCCAUGGCCCAAAGCCUCCAAGACCCUCAAACAAUGCACAAGCUCUAACCCAGAAACCCAUUCUAGGGAAGCGUAAGGAGAGACCAGAUGCAGAGUCGGAUGAUUCUCGGAUCAAUCCUCUUGUUCCAAUUAAUGAUGAUUCAAGGUGCAUCUUUGGACAUGUUUAUUCUCUGGUGAUCUCUUUGUUUGCUGACCUUGUAAUUAGUUGGAUUGGAGUGUUACUUUUGUAAUUUGAGAGAUUGAUUGUAUUGCUCCCUGAGUAUCGCCCUAGUGCACUAUAGGGCCAAUGAUCAAGAAGGUAGAGUUUCAAGUCUUGAACAUAGCAUCAUGCUUCAACAUGCUCCUUGGGUGACUAUGGAUCCAUGACACAGAGACCGUUCCUUCAUCCCUAUAUCAAAAGGUUCAGUUUCCGCAUGAAGGAGCCAUAGUUACCAUUUACACUAAUAUUCUGACCGCACCUAAGCCCAUUUUUGGUAUUGAUUCUGAGAAUGAGCCAUUGACCCUGGAUGGCUUUGAAAUUGAGAAGCCUGAUUUUGGAAGAAGAGAAGAAGAAGCGGAGAAGAUCCCCAUGGAAUUUGCUCCAUACAGCAACAACAACAUGGUGGCAAUGAUGAGGAGAAUAAAUUACCUUCCGGGGAUGAAUUUAGCGAAGACUGUGAAGAAGGCAACUGCUCAAGUCCCAAUAAAACCCACUACCACACCACCUUUUGGGCUAGGCUAUAAGCCCACAGAUGAUGAUUUGUUAGAGAUGAAAGUGAGAAGAAUGGCCCGUGCCAAGGCUAAAGCCAAGGGACUUCAUCGUCCCCUAAAACUCCUAAAGCCCUAUACGCCCACACUGAACGGAAAUUUUGUCAAAGCUAGAGAUAGUCAACGCUAUUGGGGAUCCUUGAAUCGAGAUUCGAUCCUGAGUCAAGAACAAUGGUGCCCAGGUUUGAGCUAUUAUUCAAUUGCAACAACAAGCUUCUAGAGCUAAAGAAGGAAGACACAAAUUGGGCUGAUUACAUGGACCCUGAUGUAAUGACUACACUUCUAGGAGAUGCCAUUUGCAAUAUAGAAGAAGAAGAAUAUUGGGAGGCUUGUCAACAUGCAUUGAAGAUCCCAUAUGAAGCAAGAACAAGUGAUGAAGAUGAGGAAGGGGGAGAAGCCCUUAAUGAUGAUGAUGAAGGUAGUAACAGCAAAAGUGAUAGUAGUAGUGAUAGCAGUAGCAGUGACGAUGGAGAUGCUGAGGAUGAUAGCAACAGUGAUAGUAAAAGCAACAAUAGUGAAGACUAUGAUAGCCAAUAUAGUGGUAAUAAUUGGAUGAACUCCCUAGUGAUAAAGAAGAUGAAGAUGUAGGACUUUUCUAUGAAGACCGCUUUGAUGAUGAUGUAGACUACUAUGAUGGAGAUAUAGAGGAUGAUGCUAAAGCUGAACCUAUAGAUAUGGAGAAUGGCACUGGAAGUGAAGAAUAUGAGCUAGAAAAUGUGCUGGAAGUUGUAGGAGAGGAGGUUGAAGUGGCUGACAAUAUAAACUACGAUGAUUACCCCUAUGGGUGGCCCUCAAAUUGGAGCUGCAUUAUAGAUGCUAGUUCAAGGUCAGGCCUGCGAUAUGAUAAGCAUGGUAGAGAAAUUCUUGAGUUAGGGUCGUUCCAUAAUUCAAAACUUGGCUCACUGACCCAAUACACUGAGGAAGAAGACGACAUAGAUGCUAGAUUGGCCACUCUUGACAGAAAGUUAAUGAUCCACAGUUUAAGAAACUUAACACUGGAGAGUCUUGAAGGUGAAGACAAGAAGAUGGAAGGGAAUGAUUUAGAAUAUCUCCCCCAAUACAUCCACCCGAGCAACAAAGGAGAGCAAGAUCUAUUUGGUGAGUGGAUGGAUAGUAUAGAGCGUCUGGAUGCUUAUGUGACUAACAAACCCACAGAUAUGGAGAUUGAUACUAAAGGCAAAGAUUAUAUGGAUGAAGACCCCAUGGUACUAAUGCUGAGGGAAGAGGGAACUCGCUGGGAUCUGCCUGCCAUCGUUGAAGCCACAACCAAGUUGAAGAAUUGGGCAUCGGAAGGAGCCGCCCACCCCAUGGAAGACUCUGCCAUGAAGAUCAAGACCAUCGAGCCAAUCACUCCUACCAAGAAGAUUAAGACCGUCAAGCCGAUCACUCCUACCAAAAACAUUGUUUUUGUCCCUAUUGAGUCUGUUUCUGCUAGUAUCACUAUUCCUGUUGAGUCUGUUUGAGAUCGUAGUCCUAUAG